GCAUGUGGCGGGCGCUGGCGGCGGCGCGGCGGCUCCUGUGGCCGGUCGGGGCCGCGGCCGGGGGCGCCCCGCGGGCGGAGCCGCCGCCACCCCGGGCCCCGCCGGGUCGGAGCUGCGCGGCGGCGGGAGGCGGAGCCGGGCCCGGGGCGCUGGGGGCGGCGGCGGAGCGGCGCCAGCCGGCAGAUACUGCUCUUCCAAAGUUCAACAUUGACUUGGCUGUAGCAUUACUGAGGCAAGAAAACGCUAAAGACAUCUGUGUCAUCCAGCUGUCUCCAGAAAUAAAAUACUGUGAUUAUUUUAUAAUUGUGAGCGGAUUUUCAACACGACAUCUUCAUGCAAUGGCAAAUUACAUGCUGAAAAUGUACAAGCAUAUCAAAGAAGAAGGUGGUCCUCAUACUCAGAUUGAAGGAAAAGAGACAGAUGACUGGCUGUGCAUUGAUUUUGGUAACAUAGUGGUGCAUUUCAUGCUGCCAGAGACACGAGAAGUUUAUGAAUUGGAGAAGCUGUGGACUCUUGGUCCCUACGAUGACCAGUUAGCACAGAUGACUCCACAGUCCCUUCCAAAAGACUUCAUAUUUGGACUGACUCCUAACAGCAGUGAUCAUCUUGAAACAAGGACUUAAAGCAGCUACUGCGUGGAGAGAGAAUGAGUGUGCCUGAGUCAUACAGUCUUGAGAGCUGAGUAGUCAGUACAGUUGAUCAGUACAAAACUGUUACUAUUGGAUUUGCCUAGGUAGAAUUCUGAACAAGCUGAAGUGAGGAGGCUCAUAGAAUCAUUAAGAUUGGAAAAACCCUUAAGAUAAGAGUCCAACUGUGAAAUGUCAAAGAAGGAAUCCUAUUAGAGCUUCCCAGGGGAUCCACUGUUUUAGUGGAGUUUGCAGUGAGAAGAGCAGGGCAAAGACAGCUGCUUAACCUGGAACUCAUGCUCAGCCUCUAGAGUAAUUGUUUUUCUAAUAUCUUUGAAAGACACCCUGUAGUGGCAGUGCAAAACAGACUGGAGUGCUGCAAGGAAAAACUGUGAAAUAGUACAGUUGAGAUGAUGCUUCUUGUGUUAAGCCAUUUGCUUCUGGUCACAAUAAAGCAAGUCGUGGUCUGAAGGGAAAACAGACUGGUGUUACUGAGAACAUAAAAGCCAAGAGCAACAGUGGCAAAUAAAUGUGCUUUGAGUUAUCAGAACAGUAAAUCAGUUUUCCAGACAAGGCAAACCUGGUUUUAAUAAUAAUAAAGCCCCAAACAGAAGUGCUUCAA